AUGUUGAUCCUACUCAUCCUUAGCCUGGUUACGCAGGCGCUGGCCCAAAGUAACUCGACUGUUUUGGUUGGGUGGCAAUUCGAUGGCGACAGCCGGUCAUCAUGGGAUAUUCUCUGGACAUGUCUCUCCACCAUUAUGGCGUGCACCUGGACUGCGCUACAUGUUAAUCACCACCAGAAAAACGGUAAUUCACACAUGGGAGCGAGCCGUAUAAAGAAGAGUUUCGCAUGGUUUGUCGCCAUGCUGGCACCAGAAAUGAUGGCUUAUACGGCAGUUGAAGAAUAUUGGGAGGUGAAAUUGAUUCUUGCGCGCUGCAACUCGGCUCAACUGGCAUAUUUCAGCAAUAAGAAAGCUUCCUCGCUGGAGCCCAUAACAAAGAUUGCGACUCACAAAAAUGAGAAGGAACUGGAGACGACAAACGCGCCUACAGUCACUAAAGACAGCGAAGAAGAAAUUUUAGGGCCCCUGGCACCAGAGGAUACGGAGUCAUCGGUACAUGUCUUUCGACUUUGGAAAAUGGCCCAAGCGCAUUAUAUUCGGAUGGGCGGUUUUGUUCUACGGACCAAGGACAAUUGGGUCUACAUAGUACGGGCCGCAAAUGUUGUCGGCCUCAUUCAGGCAGGAAUCAUCAAGCCAUCCGCUUUGAAGAUAAGCGAUAUCAAAGAUCGAGACAAAUCCGACCCGCUUUCCAAGCUCUUCACUCUCCUCCAAACUACAUGGGUGACGGUUAAUAUCAUUGCCAGAAGGGCAUAUCACUUGCCCAUCUCGCCUCUGGAGCUCUCAACCGCGGCCUAUGUGGCAUGUGCCUUAGUUACGUACUUGGCUUGGUGGAAUAAACCCAAGGAUGUGGACACACUCAUCACAUUCCACCUGCCGUAUGACCGUGACAGUGACGAGAUGCCAUCUCAACUUCGCAAUGCUGACAAGAGAGAUUGGAUGCAUAUGCCGUUAGCCAAAGACGACGCCGAAUCCGACGAGGGCCACAGACACCGGAAACGAGCAGCAUUUGUUGCGCUAUUGAUAAACCCAGUUAGGUUCUGGAGGGAGUUCAAAAGGUCGUCAAAGGAGAUCAACGCCCAAAGAGCACCCAAGCAGACGGAGAUGGACACUCCGGCAGACAACUCGGAGGAGACGCCUGAUGAUGAUCCCGACCGUUUUGAUGAACAAAUCUCAGUAGGGGAACAAUUCAGACUUGAUGUGUUUGCUUUCAUAGCCGGACUAAUAUUCUGCGGUAUUCAUAUUGCGGGGUGA